AUGACCGCCAUCCGUUUGAGCUUGGUGUGCCUCGUUGUUGUGGCUUCGGCUGUGGCUCACUACGUUCCGCCGUACUACGGGGAGCACGACUCGGCUUAUGGUGAUCAUGAUAACCAAUACGGUGACUACCACGGAAACAAGGGACACCACGCCGACGGGUACGAGGAGGGCAAGUACGGAGGAAACUAUGGACAGCAUGGACACCAAGGAUCCGAGUACUACGAUAAGGGACACGGCAACGGAGAGGGAUAUUACGCUGACGGAGGAGCCCACGGUGAGGGCGAUAACAUGUACGAUGCGGGACAUCGCCAGGCUGCUGAUGAGGACGGCUACAAGAAAUACUCGUUCUACUCCUCCGGCUCGGGACCGUAUGGCGCGUACCAGAAGGGAUACUACGGAUCUGAGGGCUAUGAGCACGAGGACUCGGACUCCGCUCACAAGAAGGCCACCGCUGGCGGCGCCUACAAGAAGAAGUACAGCGAGGAGGGACACGAGAAGGAUCAUGGAAAGGAGCACUACGAUAAGGCGGCCAAGAACCACGCCGGCCACGAAGACAAGUACGCCUCCGAAAAGCACGGCCAUGAGCACAAGGGCUAUGGAGCCGAAGAGCACAAGAAGGUGAGCAUCACCCACCAGGUCUACCUAAAUUUACAGGGCUACGAGAGCGACAAGUACGGCCAUGGCGAAAAGUACGAGAAGCAC